UCAAGGUUACUUCGGGGAAUAUCCGGACUCGACCGAAGCUGAUCCCGACGCCGUGACGUAAUCAACGAGCGACGACAACUUGGAUUGUUGUUUCUUCAAAUCGUGGUUAGACGAAACUCGGUUUGUUAUUUCUUCAACAAGGAGACCAUGGUGGUGAUACUCUUCCACACAGAGUCUACUCAUCACUCACUACCUGCCAUGUUCUAGUCUGUUAUCAUCAAUAACCUCCAUGGUGGGAAAGGCUUGAGAACCAUUUAUUUUCCACACGGCAAAAGAAACCUGGAAGGAAGUUUCAGAAAAUAAUAACCAGGGAAAGAACAAACCUCAGCACCUAAAAUUCAGUGGACCAAAGGAAAGGAAAGGAGAGGACAGGAGUGCGGCAAGGGGGAGUUGGGGAUGGGGUUGAAGAGCCAAAAGAGGACGUCAUGGUUCACAGCGGCUCUUCAUCUCCAAUGAAAACAACACCAUCAGCAUCACCUCAUCUAACUGUUCCUGCUACUGCACCUCCUCUACAAGCAGCUCCUCUAGUGCCCCCUUCUGGAGAUAUCACAGAUCAGGACCUAACCAAAACCCCAACCAAAUUCCUCACCACAGACCUUACCUCCAAUGCAGACUUGACCCAGCGCUGUACUCCGAGUCUUGCCAGUACAGAGCCACAUGUUGAAACUCCAGCAAAAGUACUUGCUACUAACUCAAGCCCAGCGUCAGCCCAGUCCUCGACACCAACACUGACCCCUGCUCAAAGCAUCGUCAAUGGCCGUUCGUCAGGCAGGAAGAGGACCCCUAAGGCCUGUGACUGCUGUGGCCCCAACAGUAAAGGACACAAUGACAAAACCUCAGGCAGAGGGAAGGGGAGAGUUAAGGGUAGAGGGAGAGGGAGGAUUUGUAGUGACUUCCCGGACACCCCAAAAAGGAAAACGGGUGGCCAGUUGAACUAUGUCAAGAACCUUGAUUUGACCAAGGAGACAGUGGAGGAAGUGGAGGAUAACAACAACAGUAAUGAGAGGGUGCAAACAACUGCAGUGGUGGCUGAUACUCGGUCACAAACACCUGCUGCCCUCCCUGUCACAGUCUCCCUGCAGGAUGGACCAAUGAGGAACUCUGCUGCACUAGAGAAAGAGGAUGCACAGAAAAAGGAGGAGAUGUUGAUAGAGGGUUCAGGGGCUGCUGGUGGGAAAGGAGGUGGUGACAGCAGGGAUGUGGAGAUGAGAUUGUCGGGAAUGGCAGGCAGAGGAACACCAGCAGUUAGAGGUAGAGGUAGAGCAGGGAGGGGAAUGGUGGGAGUAAUAUCUGCAGCAAAAACAGAGGUAACAGGUGGACUAAGGAGGGGAGGUUUAGGCGGUGUUUUCAUCAGUUCUAGAACAUACAGCCUACCUCGGUCAAUGUUAGUGCAGCGGGCAAACAACCAUGUUGCCGAGAUGAACCACGGAGAGGAGACUGUCCCUACCACAGUUGAAUCUCCAUUUGGAAACGGAGACACUGUAAACCUAUCUGACACCGAACCCGAAGAGGACACAAAGGAGUACAACCUGAUCAUGAGUGAAGUGGAAAAUGGACAGUCAGGUCCUGCUUCAAGGUCAGGAUCUACUGAGGACCUCGACUCUGAGAUGCAGGUGGACCAGAAUCCUGACAGGACAGACUCUGUGUCCCAACCAGCAACUCUGUCCAACGGAAACAACACCACACUAAAAAAUGAGGACCACUGCGCCUCACUUAUGGAGGUGGAAACUACUCGUCUGGCUGCGGUUGUUCCUUCACACCAGGGCCCUAUUUCAGUAUCCAACAUGCAGCACUGCUUGGCAUUGAGGGACCACAGACUGUACUGUCAGCCUGGAACCUGGGAGAAGGAGCAGAUGGAAGAAGUGUUGGGCAAAAUUGGAGGAAAUGUUGAUGGAAAGAUGCAGGAUGAGGAAGAAAGCCUGGAGCAGCUCACUGAUACGAUCCAUGAGUUUCUUGAGAACUUCUACUUAAAGUACGGCGGUUUCAUUCCUCUCAGUGAGACUGAUGUCCUGGAAUACCUGAAGAAGAAAGGCAACUCUGACCUCAGCCAGACUGGACUUGACAUCAAAAAGGAGAUGACUCGGUACAGGGCAGGGCUGGCCUCUGCUCCUAUUGCAUGCUUCAUGGUCACGUAUAACAAACACACCCUGGGCCUGGAGGACCUGAGCACGUUGGAGGAACAGAACUGGCUUAAUGACCAGGUCAUCAACAUGUACGGAGAACUCAUCAUGGAGGCGACACAACACAAGGUUCAUUUCUUCAACAGCUUUUUCCACAAGCAGCUGGUUGCCAAGGGUUAUGAAGGCGUGAAGAGAUGGACUAAAAAAGUUGACCUGUUCUCCAAGUGGCUGUUGCUAAUUCCCAUCCAUUUAGAAAUCCAUUGGUCUCUCAUCACGGUCACCAUGGCAACCAAAACCAUCAGUUACUACGAUAGCCAAGGCAUCGUCUUCAGACACACAACAGAUAACAUUAUGAAGUACCUUCUGUCUGAAGCCAAAGAAAAGAAACAGACAGCUUUUCAGAAAGGCUGGAAGAUCACCAUCAUCAAGGGUAUUCCUCAGCAGAAAAACGACAGCGACUGUGGAGUAUUUGUCCUCGAGUACUGCCGUUGUCUGUCUGUGAAGCAGCCUCUGCUGUUCAGUCAGGAGGACAUGCCUCGCAUCCGCAAGCGGAUCUACAAGGAGCUGUGUGACUGUCGCCUCGACGACUGAACAACUCAAUAACGGUCGCCCUCUCUCACUGACUUUUUGCUGGGUUACAUGAGAUGGUCUGUCCAAGUCUGCCAGACGGCCUGUUACAUAAGCUAAGACAACAUAUUCCAGGGAGCCCAAACUGCCUGUCGGACUGACAGCUGAGUGGCUGGUCACUUGGAUUUCUGGUGACUUUUGAAACUCAAUAAUAGUCUGUAGCUAAGCAGAAUUCUACUUGCAAACAUGCAAAGAACUACUGAUGUGGCCCCCUCUACUGACCCACAAAAAAUGCUGGACCCAUACCCUUCAGGUUGCUUUGCAUUCUGCAUUUACCAUCCCCAGUGGAUUUCAACCAAAUGGCCAAAUAGCCACCUUUAAGGACACAAGGGGAGCUCUGACUUGGACUGAAGACACAGGUGUUGGACCAGCCUGGACCAAUGGGACGGACCUUCCAUCCCAAAUGGAGUGGCCUUACCUCCUGCAUGGCCAUUUUAAUCUGAACGACAUUUUUAACAGUUAGUUUUCUGCUGGACAGCAGUAUCAUUCUUACAGUCACAUGCGUGUUUUCUAACAUGUUAAUAAUGCUAGGAUGUGAGAUUCAGUGGACCAACUGUUCACUUAAAACUUGAAGGUUUGAGUUGGUAUGUUCUCUUGGACUACAGAUAUUUGCACGGUUAGAGACCCACCCAUUGAAGAGUUUAGAGAAUCAUCUGAAUGUACCGAUCAUGUUACCCCUGGCUGCCUCGCAGGGUGAAGCUCGACCACCGUACAGGCACGUUUCGGCUGUGGCUUGAAACAGGGAUAUAAUUUUUCAAGGUAGUUUUUGUUUAAAGAAUCAGGUUUUUUUUUUUGAUUCCUUACUCCAAAUAAUUUCCUACUAAAAAAAAAAUUCCAGUUUUUCCACCAUGCUUUUUCUUUGUUUUGCUGUGAUCGCAUCCUUUUGGUAGGUUUUGCACAAGCAUUUUCCAGCCAUUUCAGCUGAAAGUCAUCGUUUGAUAAUAUUUUACAUUUGAAUCCAUCAGUUUUGAGUUUGAACUAGCCUCUCAUGCUUGAUGGUAAGUUUCAUGUUAAGCUUCAAAGCUUGCUGCUGAUACGAAGACCACCGUGUUUUGAUUUUAGCCAAGGAGUUUAUCCAUGGUGACUUUAUGUUGUCGAGGCCUGCUUCUUCACAUGGAUGCAUUAGCACAGGAGAGUGGCGUCUUGACGGAGAACCAAGUGGACCUCAGUUAUUUUGAUUAAAUCUUCUGUCCAACCAGGAUUUUGUUGUUAUAUUCACUUAUGUGUAUUUACAGAUUGUAUUGUACUUUUACCAGCCUACUACUGUACAUGCUUGCUUUGGCUUAAAAACCACAAUUGUUUCUGAACUGUUUUUAUUGUUGUUAUUAAAAGGCCAAUACUGCUGGGAAA